AUGGUUUGCAAAUCUAUUUUAUCGAAUAAAAACUACCAUAUUAAGAAACCCUCGAAAUCCAAACUCAACGCUAAGGAAUAUACACAACCUAACUUUAUGCUCCCUGUUUUCGACUAUGAGCGACACCAACCCUCAUGGAGAAGUGAAAUCCCACAUUUUUCAGUUAACACAAAAAUUGGCUUACAGGGAGAACCACAACUCGAUGUUUUGAAGGAGAUCAGCAAAAGUAUUUAUCUCACUUUGGAAUUGUCUAAAAUGCUUAUUAAACCUUUAGAAGACAAAAGAAAAAGGAAGAAGGAUAUUUUUGAGCCCCCGGAAGCAAACGUUAAGCGAAAGGCUGGUGAAAGCUUUCGCUUGGAACUUGUAGAUUUGAUAACUCGUGGUGAAGAUGCAGCUGUUGAUACAUGCGGUGAGCUUAAAACGAUCUUGAGUAAAAAUUCGAUGUUGUCUACGCCUGAUGUCGGUCCAAUUAAAAGCAUCGCUGAUAAAGAAAAGAAAAUUUUGAGGUAUUAUUACUAUAUCUAUAAUGGCAUUAAUACUGACGACGUGGCUCCAAUGGAUGAUAAAUGGGUGCAGCGUGUAGUGUCUUCAAUUAAAGCGGAUUUUCAUAAAUCUACUAACAUGGCCUUACUAGAAGAGCUAGAGGAUGAAAUACGCAAGGAUUAUUUACUUAGUGUGAAGAAAGCCAUUGUAAACUUUGUUUUCGAUGAUUCGUCCGAUAAAAAACAAGUUUCAUAUGGGUCAGACAUAAUUUCUGACAAAAAUGCCGAAGAACACAGCGUGUCAGAGUAUCGUAAAGAAUUAGAUACUGUACCAAAACCAUGGCAUUCAACGUUCUUGUCAGCGUAUAAAUACUGUCAAAGAAAUUUAUUUAUAACAAACAUUUGUAUUCAUCAAUUAUUGAAUUUAUGGUACACUAAAUUUGCCGACCUAAGAUUAAUCGAUAUUCAAGAAGUGUACUCGAAACCAUCAGCUUUGGAAUUAUCCACAUUUCAACAAAUUUGCGUGAAGCACAUUGAAAUGACAAAAGAGAAACUGACAAAAAAAUGGCUCAAUGAAAUACAAAGUAUUUUCUAUCAUGGAAAUAGACGUAAACUUGUUCCGACUAAUGAUGAACCAUUGAAACUUGAAGCAUUUUAUAGAUGUGCAGCCACACUGAUGACAGAGAAUUUACAAAACCUUGGCUUAAUUUCAAUGUCAGAUUACAAAAAUCUUAUCUGUCAAUUACCAAUUAAUCCGAACGGUCAGCAACAUCCUCGAUUUAUCCUACGUCUUGUUCUAGAUGAGAAUAUGAUAAAAUUUGAGCCAUCUAUAGAAGAAUUCGAAAGUACACUAUUGAAUAUGUUCGAUUAUAUGUAUAAUGUUAUUCAGAGUAUACCUAAAAUUGAAACUCGUCUUUAUUCUGAUUGGCAAUCUGAUAAUGUCACAUUACAUCCAAUUAUUUUAAGUGACAUUAUAGAGGAACGUAAAUAUGAAGUUAGAAAAACGUUAUUAUUACAACUUAAAGGACCAGAGUUACAUAUUCGAGAAUAUGAUAAAUAUCAAUUUUUAGUCAAUAGACAAGCUGAACAAAAUAUUGAAUUGUUAUUAAAUCCACCAGUACAAGAACUAACAGUUCAGGCCACUGAAUCCACUGAUGAUGACGAUUUACAAGAUAAUCUUGAUGAUAAAGUGAGAUUAGAAGAAGAAGCGUCUGAAAAAGAUGUUAUUGAAAAUAAACCGAUUGGACCAUCAUUUGAAGAAUUGACACGUGAACUAUUAAAAUAUGAUCGUUUAGUAAAAAGAAUUCAGUAUGAAUCUAGACGUACAAUUUGUUUGGGAUUAUUUGAAGUACAUUGUGAUGAAUUAAUUCGUUCUUUAACUAAACGAGCUGAAAAUAUAUCAGAUCGUAUUUUGGAACGCAUUUUGGAAGAUCAUAGAAUAAUGAAUAAAACUUUGAUUAAGGAAUAUGAACUUAUUAGUGCCAAAGCGUUAACUGUUCCAACUGAUAUUUCACAUAUGAUAGAAAUCAAUGAAUUUGUUAAUCAUGCAGAAAAAGUUACAAUGAACACCUUAGAACGUGAGCUGGAUAAUUGUAAAGAUCGCUUAUUAUUUCUUAUGGAUCAUGCACAAUUAAAUCCAUCAGAUAUGCGUAUUAAUAGUCAGGUAUUUGAAUGGCAUACACGUAUGAAUGAAGUAUUCGCUGAAAGUCGACGUAUUGCACAAACAAAACGUGAAGAAUUUGAAAUUAGUCUGAGAUAUAAACGUGAAAGAUUUAUUGAAGAAAUUGAAUCAUAUAGAAAACAAGUGGAUAAAUUCCAAGGAUAUGGAGAUCUGAAUGAAAUAAAUCGAUAUCUGAAGAAAGCACAAAGUUUAAAUUCAAAGUUGGAAAUAGCUUUAAGUAAAAUAGAUGGAUUCAAUGCAGAUGAAGAAGCAUUGAAAUGGGAAACAACAUCUUAUCCACUACGUAAUGAAAUACAAAAUAUAUUGAAACCAUUUUUAACUCUAUAUGAAAUGACAGUAGAAUUCAAUAAGAAACAUAAAGAAUGGAUGGAAGGAUCUAUGGAUAAGGUUGAACCAGAAAAAGUAGAAAUGGACGUAUCAAACUAUUAUCGUAGUUUGUUCAAACUGGAGAAAACAUUUGAUACGUUACCAGCACCACGAAAAAUUGCUACACAAGUUCGUGGAAAGGUCGAAGAAUUCAAAGAACAUUUACCGCUAAUACGUGCAUUAUUCAACCCAGGUUUACGUGAAAGACACUGGGAACAGAUUUCAGAAAUAGUUGGUUUUACAGUAAGUAAUCAAGAAGAAGGAAUCUGUUUAUCUAAAUUGAUUGAUAUGAAUCUUGAUCCGUACAUAUCUAAAUUCGACUCAAUCUCAGAAGCUGCUAGCAAAGAAAAUAGUCUUGAAAAAACAUUGGAUAAAAUGCAUAAAGAAUGGGAAUCAAUGGAGCUCAACUUGAUACCAUAUCGUGACAGUGGUACAUUUAUACUUUCUUCAGUGGAUGAUAUACAAGUAUUGUUGGAUGAUCAUAUUGUAAAAACUCAAACAAUGCGUGGAUCACCAUAUAUUAAACCAUUCGAAGCGGAAAUCAAAGAUUGGGAACAAAAAUUAAUAUUAACUCAAGAUAUACUUGAUGAAUGGUUAAAAGUACAAUCUACAUGGUUAUAUUUAGAACCAAUAUUUAAUUCACCUGAUAUUAUAAUACAAAUGCCAGAUGAAAGUAGAAAAUUUAUUAUUAUUGAUAAAAUAUGGAAAGAAUUAAUGAAACAAUCAAAUUCUAAUCAUUCUAUAUUAAUUAUUAUUACUAUAGAAAAUAUAUUAAAUAAAUUAAAAAAAUCUAAUCAAUUAUUAGAAUUAAUAUUAAAAGGAUUAAAUACAUAUUUAGAAAAAAAACGUUUAUAUUUUCCAAGAUUUUUUUUUUUAUCUAAUGAUGAAUUAUUAGAAAUUUUAUCAGAAACAAAUGAUCCAUUAAGAGUACAACCUCAUUUAAAAAAAUGUUUUGAAGGUAUUACAUCAUUAUUAUUUAAUAAAACAUUAGAUAUUACACAUAUUAUAAGUAGUGAUAAUGAAUCCAUUCAAUUAUGUAAUCUAAUAUCAACAUUAAAUACACAUGGUUCUGUUGAAAAAUGGUUAUUACAAUUAGAAAUUAAUAUGAUUAAUUCAAUACAAUUAAAUAUAAAUAAUGCAAUAAAUGAUUAUUUAAUAAAAUUACGUAAAGAUUGGGUUAAAUUAUGGUGUGGUCAAGCUAUAUUAGCUGGUUCUAUGUAUUAUUGGACAAUGAAUGUUGAAGAAGCAAUACAAAUUAGUCUUGAUGCAAUGAAAAAUUAUUUAAAAGUAAACAACCAGCAAAUAGAUGAAAUUGUUGCUAUGGUUAGAGGACAAUUAUCUAAACAAAAUCGUAUAACAUUACAAGCAUUAAUUGUGUUAGAUGUUCAUGCACGUGAUGUACUGGCCGAACUUAUAUCACUUAAAUGUCAAUCCAAUACAGAAUUUUCAUGGCUUAGUCAACUACGUUAUUAUUUGGUUGAACAAAAGCUAGUGACGCGUAUGAUUAACUCACAAUUAAACUAUGGUUAUGAAUAUUUGGGUAAUACUGGGAGAUUAGUUAUCACACCAUUGACUGAUAGGUGUUAUCGAACAUUAUUUGGUGCAUUACAUUUACAUUUGGGUGGUGCUCCUGAGGGUCCAGCUGGUACAGGUAAAACAGAGACAACCAAAGAUCUCGCAAAAGCAGUGGCUAAACAAUGUGUUGUAUUCAAUUGUUCCGAUGGACUGGAUUAUAUUGCUUUGGGUAAAUUUUUCAAGGGACUUGCAUCAUGCGGUGCAUGGUCAUGUUUUGAUGAAUUUAAUCGUAUUGAUUUAGAAGUACUUUCUGUAGUAGCCCAACAGAUUUUAACUAUUCAACGUGCAAUUCUUGCCAAUCAAACAAGUUUAAUAUUUGAAGGAACUGAAAUUAAAUUAGAUCGAACAUGUGCUGUAUUCAUUACAAUGAAUCCAGGUUAUGCUGGACGUUCAGAACUACCGGAUAAUUUAAAAGCUUUAUUUCGUUCAGUAGCUAUGAUGGUACCAGAUUAUGCAAUGAUUGCAGAAAUUUCAUUAUAUUCAUGUGGUUUUGUUAAUGCUCGUCCACUUGCUAUAAAAAUUGUUGCUACUUAUCGUUUAUGUUCAGAACAAUUAUCUAGUCAAUCUCAUUAUGAUUAUGGUAUGAGAGCUGUGAAAUCUGUCCUUACAGCAGCUGGUAAUCUUAAAUUAAAAUAUCCAAAUGAAGAUGAAGAUGUAUUAAUGUUACGUUCUAUUAUUGAUGUGAAUUUACCGAAAUUUCUUAGUGAUGAUUUACCAUUAUUUAGUGGAAUAGCUUCAGAUCUAUUUCCUGGUAUUGAACGUCCAACACCAGAUUAUGAAAUACUAAAUAAUGCUAUAAAAAAUGCUUGUGAUCGUAUGAAUUUACAAUAUACUAAAUUUUUCAUAGAGAAAAUACAACAAGUUUAUGAAAUGAUGAUUGUACGACAUGGAUUUAUGAUUGUUGGUGAACCAUUCGGUGGUAAAACUAGUUCAUAUCGUGUAUUAGCUGCUGCAUUAGGUGAAAUACGUGAAAAAGGUCUUAUGGAAGAAAAUAAAGUGCAAUAUACUGUAAUCAAUCCAAAAGCGAUAACAAUGGGACAGCUAUAUGGUCAGUUUGAUCCUGUAUCACAUGAAUGGUCAGACGGUAUAUUAGCUGUUUCAUAUAGAACAUUUGCCACAUCAACGACACCAGAUCGUAAAUGGUUAAUAUUUGAUGGACCAGUUGAUGCUGUAUGGAUAGAGAAUAUGAAUACUGUGUUAGAUGAUAAUAAAAAGUUAUGUUUAAUGUCGGGUGAAAUUAUUCAGUUAGCGCCAACAACUAAUUUGAUAUUCGAACCAAUGGAUUUAGAAGCUGCUUCACCGGCAACUGUAUCUCGUUGUGGUAUGAUUUAUUUGGAACCGGCAUGUCUAGGUUGGCGACCAUUGCUACGUAGUUGGAUGAAUAAAUUACCUAAUUUUAUUAAACAGUUACAUAAAGAUAUUUGGAUUGAUAUGUUUGAUAGAUUUGUCGAUGCUGGUAUUGCAUUAAUUCGUAAAGGUGGUAUCAAAUGUAUAUUCUUUUUUGCUUAUGUUUGGUCAAUCGGUGCAACCACAGAUAAAGAUGGUAGACAGAAAUUCGAUAAAUUAAUACGUGAAUUAAUGAAUGGUGGUAUGAUGGAAGAGACAAGACAACGACUGGCAUUAAUUGAAUUAGUUCCACCGCCAAUGGAAGAUUAUAAACGUCCAUUUCCGAUAAAGAAAACAGUUUAUGAUUAUAAAUUAGUAAUGAAGGCCAAUAAUAAAGAAGGAAUAGAAGAUGAGAUCCCUAUUAACUGGGAGUUGUGGACAGAGACUGUACGUUUAGCUCCACCAAUACCUAAAGAUGCCAGUUUCAAUGAAAUAAUCAUUCCAACAGUAGAAACUGUUCGAUGUAAUCAUUUACUAAAUUUAUUUAUUUUAAAUGGUAAACCAUCAUUAUUUAUUGGUCCAACUGGUACUGGGAAAUCAUGUUAUAUAAUGGAUUUUCUCAUGAAUAAGGUGGAAAAAGACAUCUAUAAGCCGCAUACGUUGAACUUUUCCGCACAAACUAGUGCAAAUCAAACACAGAAUAUUAUUUUAUCGAAAUUAGAUCGUCGACGUAAAGGUGUAUUUGGACCGCCAAUGGGUAAAAAAAUUAUUGUAUUUGUUGAUGACUUGAAUAUGCCAGUAAGAGAAACAUAUGGUGCACAGCCUCCGAUUGAAUUAUUACGUCAAUGGUUGGAUCAUUGGAAUUGGUAUGAUUUAAAAACGAAUGAAGCAAUUCGAUUGAUUGACUUACUUUUCAUUGGUUCUAUGGGUCCACCAGGAGGUGGACGAAAUGUCAUUACUCCAAGAUUUUUACGUCAUUUAAAUAUUGUAACUGUUAAUGAAUUCGAUGAUCAUACAAUGAAAACAAUAUUUACAAGAAUUAUGAACUGGCAUAUCACUGUGAAAGGUUUUAGUCCGGAUUAUAAGAAAAUCCCAGAACAAAUAGUUAAUGCAACACUUGAAGUAUAUAAAGCUGCAUUACAAAACCUGCUACCAACACCGACUAAAUCUCAUUAUCUAUUUAAUUUACGUGAUUUUAGUCGUGUUAUACAAGGAAUUUUACUAUCGGUUCCUGAAUCUGCGGAAACACUAGACUCUAUGAAACGUUUAUGGGUUCAUGAAGUAUUUCGUGUUUAUUAUGAUCGUUUAGUUGAUGAUGCUGAUCGUGAAUGGUUAUUUAAUUUUAUACGACAAUGUGUUAAAACGCAUUUGGAUGUAGAAUUUAAUACAUUAUUCCAACAUUUAACAGGUGAUAAUGAAACUGAGGUUACAGAAGAUCAUCUUCGAUCGCUUAUGUUCUGUGAUUUUGCUGAUCCUAAGGGAAAACGUAAUUAUGCUGAAGUCAAUGAUGUUGAACAAUUACGUAAAGUAACUGAAGCUUACUUAGAAGAAUAUAAUCAGUUAAGCAAGAAACCUAUGAAUUUAGUUCUAUUUCGUUUUGCUAUAGAACAUGUAUGUCGUAUUGCACGUAUAUUAAAACAACCAAGAUCGCAUGCAUUACUUGUUGGUAUCGGAGGAUCAGGACGUCAGUCACUUACUCGAUUAGCUGCUCAUCUAUCAGAUUUUGACUUAUUCCAAGUUGAAAUUUCUAAAAGUUAUGGUGUUAAUGAAUGGAAAGAAGAUUUAAAGCAUAUAUUAAGAAAAUCAAGUGAAACUGAUAAUCAUGCUAUUUUCUUAUUUACUGAUACACAAAUUAAACAAGAAAGUUUUUUAGAAGAUAUAAAUAAUUUAUUAAAUGCUGGUGAAGUACCUAAUCUUUAUGCAAUUGAUGAAAAAAUGGAAUUAUGUGAAAAAAUACGUCAAAUUGAUAGAGCAAGAGAUAGAAAUAAACAAACCGAUGGUUCACCAGUAGCAUUAUUUAAUUAUUUUAUACAACGUGUUCGUGAACAAUUACAUAUUGUAUUAGCAUUAAGUCCAAUUGGUGAUUCAUUUAGAAAUCGUUUAAGAAAAUUUCCUUCAUUAGUUAAUUGUUGUACAAUUGAUUGGUUUCAGGCAUGGCCAGAAGAUGCUUUAACAGCUGUUGCUACACGUUCAUUAAAAGAUAUUGAUAUGACAGAUGAAAUUCGUAAUGGAUGUAUUGAUUUAUGUAAAUAUUUUCAUACUAGUACAUGUAAUCUAUCAACUCGAUUUCUAUUAGAAUUAGAUCGACACAAUUAUGUAACACCUACAUCAUAUCUUGAAUUAAUUACAACUUUUAUAACAUUAUUAUCAAAAAAACGAACGGAAGUAUUAACUCAAAAAAGUCGUUAUGAAGUUGGUCUGGAAAAAUUAAGUAGUGCAGCUAAUGAGAUUAGUUUGAUGUCAGUGGAACUGCAAUCACUUCAACCAAAACUUGUACAAGCCAGUAAAGAAGUUGAUGAAGUUAUGAUUGUUGUGGAACAGCAAAGUGCUGAAGCAGCUAAACAAGAAAAACUUGUACGUGUUGAUGAAGCGGUUGCUGGUGAACAAGCAAAAGCUGCUGAAACAAUGAAAGAAGAAUGUGAUAAUGAUUUAGCUGAGGCAAUACCAAUAUUAGAAUCGGCAUUAAAAGCUCUGGAAACACUGACACCGGCUGAUAUUACUAUUGUUAAAACAAUGAAAUCCCCACCAGCUGGUGUACGUUUAGUUAUGGAAGCUGUUUGUGUUUUAAAAGGUAUUAAACCUGAUCGUAUAAAUGAUCCUAGUGGAUCAGGUAAAAAAAUUGAAGAUUUUUGGGGUCCAUCAAAAAAAUUACUUGGUGAUAUGAAAUUUUUAGAAAAUUUAAAAAAUUUCGAUAAAGAUAAUAUACCAUUAACAAUAAUGAAAACAAUACGUGAACGUUAUAUACCAAAUCCUGAUUUUAAACCAGAACGUGUUGCAGUUGCUUCAACAGCAUGUGAAGGUUUAUGUAAAUGGGUUAUAGCUAUAGAACGUUAUGAUAUAGUAGCAAAAAUUGUAGCACCUAAAAAAGAAGCAUUAGCUAAAGCUAUGUCUGAAUAUAAUAUAGCAAUGAAUGCAUUAAAUAUAAAACGUGCAGCACUUAAAGAAGUACAAGAUCGUUUAAAAUUAUUAACAGAUGAUUUAGAAAUGAAUAAACGUAAAAAAAUUGAUUUAGAAAAUAAAGUUGAUUUAUGUACAAAGAAAUUAGAACGUGCUGAACAAUUAAUUGGUGGUUUAGGUGGUGAAAAAUCACGUUGGACAGAUGCAGCUAAAUCACUUGGUAAACAAUAUAUAAAUCUUACUGGUGAUAUACUUAUUUCUAGUGGUUUAGUUGCUUAUUUAGGUGCAUUUACAUCAACAUUUCGUCAAAUACAAGUGAAAAUUUGGUUAAAUGAAAUUAUGAAAUAUUCAAUUCCAUGUUCAGAAUCAUUUAGUUUAGUACAUACAUUAGGUAAUCCAGUUGAUGUUAGAGCAUGGAAUAUUGCUGGUUUACCAACAGAUGAUUUUUCAAUUGAAAAUGGAAUCAUUAUGGCUAAUGCAAGACGUUGGCCACUAAUGAUUGAUCCGACUAGUCAAGCUAAUAAAUGGAUAAAAAAUAUGGAGAAAAAGAAUAAUUUACAAAUUAUCAAAUUAACUGAUAGUGAUUUUGUUCGUACAUUAGAAAAUUGUAUACAAUUUGGUACCCCAGUAUUAUUAGAAAAUAUUGGUGAAGAAUUAGAUCCAAUGUUAGAAUCUUUAUUAUUAAAACAAACAUUUAAACAAGGCGGUGCAUUAUGUAUUAAAAUUGGUGAUUCAAUUGUUGAAUAUUCACCGGAAUUUCGUUUUUAUAUGACAACUAAACUUAGAAAUCCUCAUUAUUUACCAGAAACUUCAGUUAAAGUAACUUUAGUGAAUUUUAUGAUUACUGAAGAAGGUUUACAAGAUCAAUUAUUGGGUAUUGUAGUUGCACGUGAAAGACCAGAAUUAGAAGAAGAAAAAAAUAAAUUAAUAUUACAAGGUGCUGCAAAUAAAAAAAAAUUAAAAGAAUUAGAAGAUCAAAUUCUUGGUGUAUUAUCAUCAUCUGAAGGCAAUAUAUUAGAAGAUGAAAGUGCUAUUAAAGUAUUGAAUUCAUCUAAAGAAUUAUCUAAUGAAAUAGCAGAGAAACAAGCAUAUUUUGAAGAAACUGAACAAAAAAUUGAUAUAGCACGUUUAGGUUAUGUACCAAUUGCUGUACAUACAUCUAUUUUAUUCUUUUCAAUAUCUGAUUUAGCUAAUAUUGAUCCAAUGUAUCAAUAUUCAUUAACAUGGUUUAUUAAUCUAUUCAUAAUGGGUAUUGAUAAUUCUGAGAAAUCUGAUGAUUUGGAACAACGUUUAACUAAUCUACGAAAUUAUUUAACAUAUUCAUUAUAUUGUAAUGUAUGUCGAUCAUUAUUUGAAAAAGACAAACUACUAUUUUCAUUCUUACUUUCUAUAAAUAUGCUUCGUCAUGAAGGAUUGUUAAAUGAACAAGAAUGGAGAUUUUUAUUAACCGGUGGUGUCGGUUUAGAUAAUCCACAUGUAAAUCCAUCAAAUUGGUUACAAACUAAAUCAUGGGAUGAAUUAUGUCGGCUAGAUCAAAUCAAUGUUUUUACUGGUAUACGUGAACAUUUUGAAUGUAAUCUUAAUGCAUGGAAACGUAUAUAUGAUAGUGUUGAACCACAUAAUGAAAAAUUACCAGAUGAUUUAACACACAUUAAAACACAAUUGCAAUUUCUUUGUAUACUACGUGUUUUAAGACCAGAUAAAAUUGUACCAGCUAUACAGAAUUUUGUUUUAACAAAUUUAGGCAAGAAAUACAUUGAACCGCCACCAUUUGAUUUACCAGGUGCAUUUUCUGAUUCUUCAUGUACAGUACCGUUAUUAUUUGUUUUAUCACCUGGUGCUGAUCCUAUGGUAGCAUUAUUAAAAUUUGCUGAAGAUAUGGGAUUUGGUGGUACAAAAUUUGAAUCACUAUCACUUGGUCAAGGUCAAGGUCCAAUAGCUUUAAAAAUGAUAGAACAUGGUAUAAAAGAUGGUACAUGGGUAUUAUUACAAAAUUGUCAUCUAGCACCAAGUUGGAUGGGUAUUUUAGAGAAAACAGUGGAAGAAUUUAAUCCUGACACAACACAUCCAGAUUUUCGUUUAUGGUUGACAAGUUAUCCGAGUAAAGAUUUCCCUGUAUCAAUUUUACAAAAUGGUGUUAAAAUGACUAAUGAACCCCCGAAAGGUUUACGUUUUAAUCUAUGGAGAUCAUAUUUAAGCGAUCCAAUUUCAGAUCAAGAAUUCUUUCAGUCAUGUUCAAAUAAACAUGCUUGGAAAAAAUUAUUAUUUGGAUUAGUAUUCUUUCAUGCUAUUGUACAAGAAAGACGUAAAUUUGGACCACUCGGUUGGAAUACACCCUAUGAAUUUAAUGAAACAGAUUUACGUAUAUCAGUUCAACAGUUACACAUGUUUCUUGGACAGUACAGUGACGUCCAAUAUGAAGCAUUACGUUAUUUAACUGGAGAAUGUAAUUAUGGUGGUCGCGUUACUGAUGAAUGGGAUAGGCGUACUUUAAAAACAGUUUUAAUGCGCUUCUAUUGUCCAGAAGUAGUUAAUGAAAUAAAACAUCCAUUCGAUUCAAGUGGAAUCUAUUAUGCACCUGAAGAUAUUGAAUAUGAAGGUUAUAUUGAUUAUAUAAAAACACUUCCAUUGAAUCCUGAUCCAGAAAUUUUCGGUAUGCACCAGAAUGCUGAUAUUACUAAAGAUCAACAAGAAACCAAUUUAAUAUUUACAAGCACACUUUUAACUCAAGCAAAAGGAACAUCAUCAUCUGGAAAAUCACUCGAUGAAAUAGUUGAUGGAGUUGCUUCUGAUAUCUUAACUCGUCUACCAUUAAAUUUUGAUACAGAAUUAGUAUUACGAAAGUAUCCAACAUGCUAUGAACAAAGUAUGAAUACAGUAUUAGUACAAGAAAUGGUUCGUUUCAAUGUACUCUUAAGUAUAAUACGUUCAAGUCUUAAAGAUAUUCGAUUGGCUAUUAAAGGUUUAGUGGUUAUGUCAUCUGAUUUAGAAGAUGUAGUGGCUGCAAUACUUGCUUCAAAAAUUCCAAAAUUAUGGAUGAAAAAAUCAUAUCCAUCAUUAAAACCACUUGGAUCAUAUGUAAAUGAUUUUCUGGCACGUUUAAAAUUUCUUCAGGUAUGGUAUGAACAAGGACCUCCACCAGAAUUUUGGAUAUCUGGUUUCUUUUUUACACAAGCUUUUCUUACUGGUGUACAACAAAAUUAUGCAAGAAAGCACACAAUACCUAUUGAUUUGUUAUCUUUUGAAUUUGAAGUAUUAGAUGACAUCAAAUAUACAGAUGCUCCAUCAGAAGGAGCUUAUGUAUCCGGUCUGUUUGUGGAUGGUGCAAGAUGGGACAGGCGUACAAAAAAAUUAGCAGAAGCCUUACCAAAAGUUUUACAAGAUCCUAUGCCACCUAUUUGGUUAAUACCAAUAAGACGAAGUGAUAUUAAAUCAAGGCCUUGUUAUACAGCACCAGUUUACAAAACAAGUGAACGUCGUGGUGUAUUAUCAACAACUGGACAUUCUACAAAUUUUGUUUUACCAAUUCUUUUGACAUCAGAUAAACCAGAAAGUCAUUGGAUUAUGAGAGGUGUCGCUUUACUAUGUCAAUUGGAUGACUAAACGGAGUGAUAAUAUAAGAAAUCUAGGUUCGAGAUACCUGGUACAUAAUCACCAAUUCAUAAAACCAACCAUACUUUUAUUAUAUAUACAUAUUUUAAAAACGAACUUCAAAUAUGUAUACUUAUUCACUAUUUUAUUUAUAUCAGUUGAUAUUAUCACAGUAUACACUCGAAAUACGUUGUAAAAGUUAACUUAACUUUAGAAUCAUAUAAGAAAUUAAUAAAAACUUUUUAAGAAAAUGUUGAUAUUAUCAAAGUUGGAUAAUGGCUAGUAGUGAAAUGCAGGACAAACUUUUCG